CGUUCGAAUCAUUUGUAUUAAAUAGUUGUCUCUAGCAAAAUAUACCCAGUUUGAUUUAAACAACGAUCGGAGACAGUGGCUACAAAAUUUCAGAUUUUUUAAUAAAGAGUUUAAUUUAUUUUCAGUAUAAUAAUUUAAAAUAAGUGAUUAAGAUGCAACCUGUAAAAUUUUAUUUCGAUUUUAUUAAUCAGUCCAGUCGUGCCUUAUACAUAUUAAUGGAAGCAUCAAAGAUACCCUUCGAGGCGAUACCUAUAUCAACACUCAAAGGAGAACACUUAACUGGUGAGUUUCGGGAUAAAGUCAGUCCAUUCAAAUGCUUGCCCGUAAUCAACGAUGACAAUUUGUCUUUGAGCGAGAGCGUCGCGAUAUUUCGUCACUUAAACCGCGAGAAAAUUGUGCCAGAGCACUGGUAUCCACGUCGCAAUUACGGCCGCAGUCGUGUUGAUGAGUUUUUAGAAUGGCAACAGCGUAAUGUGAGCAACGCGUGCGGCAAUUACUUUCAACAAAAAUGGCUCUUGCCUCUUCUGGAUAAGACCCCACCGGAAGAUAAAAAUAUUAAUGCAGCAACACAUCGUCUAAAUCAAGUUUUGAAGGAUUUUGAGAGUCUAUUUUUAAACAAAACCAAGUUCGUUAUAGGGGACACAAUUUCUUACGCUGACCUGAUAGCAAUAUGCGAAAUUGAUCAGCCAAAAUUUAUUGGAUUUGAUCCUUUCAACCAUCAUCCGAAGUUGGGUAAAUGGUAUGAUGAAGUAAGAGAAGCGUUGGGGCCGUACUACAAAAAAGUGGCUGAGGAAUUUGAUAACAAAGUCAAAAGGGCAGAGAAAAAGAUACCUGAAGUUAUGUAUUUACAACAGUAAAAAUGCAUGUUUGGGUAAAUUAAGAUUAUUUAAAGGGUGUUAAAUUUAUUCUCUACAAUGUUACACUUUAUUAUAUUCUAGUCGUGGGGCGACUUGUUUUUAUUUUGUAAUAAAAAUUUUAAAAUUCA